CCUGCUCCGAAGCCUACCUGGUAUCACAAUGGUCGGGAAAUCAGUGAAGAUACCGAUGAAGGGUUUCGGUUUGAAUCGUACGGGAAGACAUUGGUAUUCAAUGUAACGCAAGACAAAGCCGGCAAGUAUGACUGCCGUUUUCCCGUCCAUAAUGACAUCGACAGGGCGUUCAACGUGGUAGUGGAAGCCGCUCCGUACUGGCCAGAUGGACCACCACCGAACACCAACACCAGCGAAGGUGAGACGGUCACCUUCGACUGCACGACAAGUGGAAAGCCAGUGCCGAAAGUCACUUUCUACAAAAAUGGCGUUGAGAUGAAAAAGCCGAAGGACGGCGAGAAAUGGGUAAUUGAGACGAAUCGACUCACCAUCUACGAUGUGAAAAAGGGUAUCCAUGGCAAGGGCGAUAAUGCAGUCUACCAAUGCAAAGCUGAAAACAAGCACGGCUACGUGUGGACGAACUUCUACCUCAAUCUCUUGGCAUUCAAACCUCAACUGUUAACGGAUGCUGGAGAGGUCGAAGCUGUGGCAGGCCAGUCGGUGUCGCUGGAGUGCAAAUUCUUUGCCAGCCCUAAUGCAGUUAUCACAUGGUCCAGCCCAGUUCUGCAAGGCAUUGUUCAUAACGUAAUUCCGGCGAAUCCGCACGGUGUUGGAAAACUUGUUAUCCCCAACGUUACCCCCGAAGCGGAAGGCGAAUACGAAUGUACGGGCACAAAUAAGUAUGGUCAGUCUAAAGGAGCAGCGAAACUACUAGUGCGAAAAGCGACGCGAUUGGAACCGUUCCGACGAUCCGAGGAAGUAAAAAUUGCCGGCGAGACUAUUCGUCUGCCUUGUGAAGCUACUCCAGAUGAACGAUUUAGUAAGGUGGACGACGAUAAUUCAUUGUUGGUCAACAAUCCGACUCAGUAUGACUCGGCGAAGUACAAAUGUAUUGCCAGCACGAAACUCGACAAAGUAGAGAAGGAGGUCCAGAUACAAAUCAAGGGU